CAAGAAUUGAUUAAGUAUGAUUAAGUAUCAAAAAGCCAGCAGAUAAGGUAGACAAUUAUAUAUAAAAGAAAGUCCCUCUCCACUAGAAUGCAGAUAAGAUUACAGCCUACUGAAACUAUGUUACUUUUGUAUAAAAGGUCUGGCAGGAGUGAGCCAGUUUAGUGUACAACAGAAGCCCGCCAAGCAAAGAUGCCUCCUCCACCACCGCACCACCACCACAACCCGCCGCCUCAUGGGCCACCGCCCCACGGACCACCGCACCAUGGACCUCCGCACCAUGAACCACAGCCCCCGUUCCACACGCCAGUGCAUCCGAUUUACCACGAACCUCCUCACGGAAACAGCUCCGGCUACAAUCCUCCGCCGCCGCAUGGUCCGUAUCCAUAUGGUCCAGGAUACGUGGCCCCAGGACCUCCAAUGCAUCCGCGAUAAGAACUGAACUGUAAUCUAGAUCGGUUAAUAUAGUGUGAUAUCAACAAAUGUACAUUUGUGUGUGAUUAAAAAAUAUGCUGCUUUUAAAUAUAUAAACUAACUUUAGUUAGUCACGCCU